UGUCACUUGACUUUAUUACUUUAUCCAAGUUCUAAUAAUGUAGCCUUCCUCCACCAUAUGCACAUGUGCAUUGGCAUAUUAAUUAUAUAGUUACGUUGGGGACAAUGCCUUUGGGAAUUUGCAAAAGUUUUUCUCUUCUGAAAUUGGUAACCUAGAGAUGGGUUUCACUAGGGUGCUGGUUAGAAGUGUCUUCUCCAAAAACCGUGCUCUUGGGUCUCAUGAAAGCAAAGUGAGGCGAAAUUCUGCUGAAAAUAGAAGAUGGGUAUCUGUUAGAUCAUAUUUGUGUGGCGAUGAAUUCAAUUCAGUUCUUGCAGUGGAAGAUUCAGCUUCAGUUAAUAGCUCUGAGAUUACUAUUACACAAGGGGACUUGAGUUCUGAUAAAGGAGACACUGGGAGUGAAGAAACUGUAGAGAAUGUAACACAGAAAUUGGAAAAUUCAAACUCCAAAUCAUUGAAUGAGGAAGAAGCAGCUUUCAUUAUUCAGUCAGCAUAUAGAGAAUUCCUGUUGAGGCGUAAAAAUGAAGAAACCAUCAGAUCGAAAACUGGUGAAGAGGAGCUCAAUUUAGCAACAAAAAGUCCAGACAGAAAUUCCAUGGCAACAUCAAUAGAAGUCCAAACUGGGAACUCCAUUGAAGUUUUCUCAGUGGAAGGAGAAAAAAUGAGCAUUUACCAUAGUAUUCAGCGCAGGACCAGCACUAAAGUAAUAAAGCAAAAGGAAGAUUGGGAUGACAGCACAGUGAGUAGCUAUGUCUCAAAAAAGAGGAUGCAGAGCAGAAUGGAGGCAUCAACCAGGAGGGAAAGAGCACUGGCUUAUGCUUUCUCACAACAGCUGAGAAUCUGUUCAAAGAGAAAACCAACAAAACAUAACGACAUGGAACCAAACAUGAGCUGGAGUUGGCUUGAACGGUGGAUGGCAACCCGGGUUCCGGAAACCUCAUCAGUUGAAAGCCAUGCUGUUCAGGAGUAUGAUCCUUUUCAAAGCAAUGACAAAUUCACAAUCAAAGCAAGAUUUUUAGAUGUUGCUGGAGAAGAAAAGGAGAGUUGUGGAUCAAAUGAAGUGCCCUUUCAUUUUGAUAGCUAUUCAAUAAAAUCACAAGAAGAAAAAGUUAGCUUCAAACCAACAACAACAAAGAGUACUAAUUUUAAAGCUAGGAGAACUGUCUCAAGGCGGAAAACAGUACCAAGUUAUCAAUUCCAUGAAGAGCAACAAAAGGUCAGCAAGAAAGAUGGUUCAGGCAAUGCAAGCAAGGAUAUUAAGGAAAAAGAAAAAGGAAGUAGGAAGCAAGACAGAAAUUACAUUCAGCUCCCACAAAGCUUUGAAUGAGUGACUUCUUACAUUAAUCUGCCAAAUAAAUUCAGCUGUGUCUAGUAUUGAGUAUGAAGCAAGAGAAGACAGAAAUGACAUUUAGCCUCCUCAAAGCUUCUAAUGAAUGACUUACUACAUUAAUCUGCCAAAUAAGCUCAACUCAUGUGUCUAGUAGACUAGUAUUGAUGAGAUGUAAUGGUUGGAUUUUCUUGUACAGUCUUGACUCCCACCAUCCUGUGUUGUGUGUACCAUUUCUCUUCACUACAUGUGUUAAAACCAGAACUCUGUUUCUUAAAUAAAUGGUAGAAGGUUAAAUUUUCAACAGCUGUGAAUGGAUAAAAGUUAUUGAUCAA